CCGGAAAGCUUAGAAGCGAUGAAGAAAGCAAAGCAUUCCUGUGUAUAGGGUCGGCAUUGUCAGAGUCGGCUCUUGCAUUCCCUCACUCCACCCAUUCUCUGCGUUUUUGCCAAGCCCAGGGCUGCGAUUAUCUAUAGCAACAUAGGUAAAGCCUUCGUUCUCCGUCUCUGAACCAGGUUUGCAGUGUGACAACAGCCAGCUGUUUGCUUUAGGGAUGACUCUGUGUGGAUUGGCUAGUAGUCCAUCAAUAUAUUGUCUCCGCAAACCUGCACAGGAGCCCUGGUCACGAACCAGGCAAGUUCCUGAUUUUCUAAAUAUUAGGAAAUCCAGAGAAAACAUGGGGUUAUUUGGUCUAGAAAGAAAUUAUUGGACUGGUUCGAUGCGGAGAUGUAAUAUACAAAGAACUCACUUGAUCAAGUGUGCAAUGGAUUCUUCCUACAGCAACAUGGCAAAUGACCCAACUGUCAUCUUUCCCAGAAUCAAUAUAAGAGACCCAUACAAAAGACUUGGUAUUAGCAGGGAGGCUUCUGAAGAAGAAAUCCAGGCUGCCAGGAACUUUCUGGUACAGAAAUAUGCAGUGCACAAGCCAAGUGUGGAAGCAAUUGAGUCUGCCCAUGACAAAAUAAUAAUGCAGAAGUUCUAUGAAAGGAAGAACCCAAAAAUCAACAUCAAGAAAAAGGUUAGGGAUGUAACUCAGUCCCGUGUUGUCCAGGCUGUUGUGAGCAGAUUUCGUACCCCAUCUAUGAACUUCAUCAUAAAAACAUCAAUUGCAUUUAUAAUACUCGGGGCUCUCACUGUUCUCUUUCCAACGGAGGAAGGCCCUACUCUUCAGGUGGCCAUUUCCCUGAUUGCGACCAUAUAUUUCAUAUAUAAUCGACUGAAGAGCAAAAUGCGAGCUUUCCUCUAUGGGGCAGGAGCUUUUAUUCUCUCGUGGCUACUGGGAACCUUCUUGAUGGUGUCUGUGAUUCCACCAAUACUUAAAGGGCCUAGGAGUUUGGAAGUGACAACUUCAUUGACAACUUAUGUGCUUCUCUGGGUUUCUUCUACUUAUCUUAAAUAGUAUUGAUUCUUCAAGAAACCCCAAUUUUGUUGGUGAACCAGAUCUUUUGCGUCCAUGGCUGUACAGAGCAGGGCAGUGUCUACAUUGGGUUGAAUGGGUUUCGAAGAUUAGAGCUUUUGGGGAAGAGUGGCUGCUAUGUUUUUUUUUUUUUUUUUGAAGGAUGUGAGACGAUAGGGUGAAGAGCACAGAACUGGUAAGGCAUGGAGAAAGUAAAGCCUGCUCAUUCAUUUGGAGUUUGUGUAGCGUUCAUAUGUUCUAUGUCUCUUUCAAUAGAUUUUUCCCCUUUGAACUCGUUAA